UUGUUACUUGUUACUUGUUAAUUUGUGUCUACAACUACAACUGUCUUGUGUGAUGAUAAAAAUGUGUUGGUGCUCAUUCGAAAUUUAGUGUUUUCAACUAAACCGUACAAAUAGUAAUAUCCUCAAACGAUGGACAGCCCAUUAAUUUACAAUCUAAGCUGUGGAAAAUCAUUGCCAGAAUGGCUUUCCGAAAGAAAAAGAAGAACAUUAUUAAAAAAAAAUCCUGAAUUGAAAAGGCGAAUUGAAUUAUUGCAAGACUUUGAUAUGCCUGGUCUAAGUACAACAGUAAAAGUAACACCAGAUGGGCAAUACAUCUUGGCUACUGGUAUUUAUAAGCCCAGGAUUAAAUGUUAUGAUGUCAACAAUUUAGCUAUGAAAUUUGAAAGAUGUUUUGAUUCUGAAGCUGUUACUUUUGAAAUACUCUCUAAUGAUUAUAGCAAAUUUGUGAUCUUACAAUGUGACCGUUAUGUUGAAUUCCACUCUCAAGAAGGACGCUACUAUAGAUUACGUAUUCCAAAAUUUGGCCAAGAUAUGAAAUAUCAUUAUCCAACAUGUGACUUAUAUAUUGGAGGAAAUAGUCCCGAUAUUUAUAGAUUAAAUUUAGAUAGAGGGCAGUUUUUGAACCCAUUUGUAUCCAGUGCUGGCGAUGAAAUUAACAAAUUAGCUAUAAAUCCUGUACAUAAUAUGCUUUUAUCUGGUACUAAGGAAGGAAAGGUUGAAGCAUGGGAUCCUAGAGCUCAUGUCAGUAUCGGAGUUCUAGAUUGUGCUCUAAGCUCAGUUACAAAUGACACAAAUAUUGCUGCUGACGGAUUUCCAUCCAUUACUGCUCUGGCAUUUGAAAAUGCUUUAACAUUAGGUGUUGGUACUGCCACAGGCCAAAUACUUCUAUAUGACUUGCGUUCUAAUAAACCAUUUAGGGUUAAAGAUCAUUUAUUUGGGUUACCUAUUAGAGAUAUUGCAUUCCAAGAUGAAAAUGUAUUAUCCAUGGACUCAUCAUCAGUAAAAAUAUGGAAUAAGGAUACUGGUAAGUUAUUUGCUGCUCUUGAAUCUGGUAAUGAUACUCAAUUUAAUAACCUCUGUGUUAUUCCACAAACCGGAAUGAUGUUCAUUGCUAAUGAAAACACAAAAAUUCAAACACACUACAUACCGAGCUUAGGGCCAGCUCCAAGAUGGUGUGGAUUUUUAGAUGCUUUAGUUGAGGAGUUGGAGGAAACUAAAAAAGAAACUGUCUAUGAUGAUUAUAAAUUUGUAACUCGGAAUGAACUAGAAGAACUUGGUUUAUCACAUUUAAUAGGAACAAAUUUGUUAAAAGCAUAUAUGCAUGGAUAUUUUGUGGACAUCAGACUGUACAGGAAAGCUAAAUCUGUCGCAGAACCAUUUGCUUAUGAAGAAUAUCGUAGGAAAAAGAUAAGAGAAAAAAUUGAAUCAGAAAGAACUAAUCGUGUCCAAGUUCAAAAAUUACCUCCUGUUAAUAAAGAACUUGCUUUGAAAUUAAUUAAUGAUGAAAAAGAAGGAAAGAAAAAUAAUAAAUCCAAAGAUGCCAUUAGUUUAUUGAAAGAUGAUCGGUUUAAAGCAUUGUUUGAAAACCCAUCUUUCCAAGUUGAUACAAAUGCUGAAGAAUACAAGUUAUUAAAUCCGGUUUUGAAACGAUUAGAUAAAUCUAAGCAAAAGGAACUUGAAUCACAAAUCCAAAAACAAUUUGAUCCAGUUGAAGAUGAACUUGAAGGAAAGCCUAGUUCAGAAGAAAGUAGUGAUGAGUAUAGUUCAGAUGAUGACCAAAAAUGGGCUAAAGAAUUAAAGUCUGAGUAUAGAUCAGCUAAGAGAAGAAGAAUAGCAACUGAGCGUGAGGAACGUAAUAAAUCAGAAAAAGAUAGUAAUGAUGACGAUGAUAGUGAUGAUAACAAUUUAAGUGUACAAGGUGAACGUGCAAUUAAACCACCAAAAUUCUAUGAAAUUAAAGAAGGAGAAGAAUUUGUGGGGUCCAAUAGUAAUAGAUUAAAUUCUAUUCAAAACUCUAGUGCAACAUUGGGUGAAAGAAUGAAUUCAGAACAUUUCAAUUCAGUCAAAAUGCUAUCUAGUGGUAAUCGGCAGUUCACAUUUUCUACACAAAAGGAAAAGAAAUAUAAAAAAGCUGACAUAGAAGCAGAAAAACACAAAAAAGAAAGACAAAGUGUAAUCAGAAAGGGUCCUAAGAACUUACGUAAACCUAAGUUUUAUGCUGGACCUAAAAGUAAAACUUUUAAUAAAAAAAGAAAAUAAUUUUAUUUUUAUGAUAAAUAAACUAACUAAAUAAAUAAACAUCAUGUUUUUGAAUUUUUUAAUAAAUAUUCUUCGAUACAAUAAUUUAUUUUAUUAUUUUUAUCAGUGGCAUAUUUUGGUUAGGUGUCAAUUUUUGUACUUUAAACAUUAUUUGUUAAUAAAAACAAUUCCUCAGUUUUUAUUAUUAUUAUUAUUUAAUGAGAUUCAAAGAUCAAUAAUAUUGUAGUAUCUCAACUUUAAACAAUAUAAAACUAAAAUAAUAAUUGUAAUAAUGACAUAAACAAAAAGAACAAGUGUACAUUUCAUACAGUUACAAUUUAAAACUCGUUUGAAGUAUAUAAUUAAAAGUUAUUUUAUUAAGGAGACAUUUUGGGAGGAAAGGGCUUUAUUUUGGUAAAUUUGAGGCCUUAAAAAUAAAAAAAGCUAUUUAAAUAAAAUCUGUCGCAUGAAACAGAGACAAUUAAAGAGCCGGUUUCAAAGAUCACGUGUCCUCUCCACAUUUAUGUAGGUGACACUAUGGUUUGUUAUUGAACCUCAAUUUGUUUGAGUCAUAUUGUAACAGUUUGUGGCAAUUCUUCAAUUGUUAAAUAUAAUUAUGAAAUUUGUAAAAAAUAUUUUAUCCUCUACAACAGUAGUCUCGAACUUAAAUUACCGGUCAUACAGUAAAUAUAUGUCAAAGGUUUUGGAGCAAAACACGUCUUUGCACGUCUAGCAAGCCUAUGACUGACUAUAGAUACAAAUCAAUAUAUUACAUUUCAUACUUUCAAAAAUAUUAUUCAGUAUUAUUUUUGUAAUGGGUGAUUUACUAAGAUUACUCAAAAAAUAUAUAAAAACAAUUUUAGGUGAUUCAGCAUAAAUGUGUUUUGUCUAUGAAGCGUGGGAAUCAGAAAAAGAAAAAAGGUGCUAAUAUCCUCUUAACCUGUUGUUUCCUUAUCAUAA